AUGGGGAAGGCGGACAAGUACGAGAUGUACUCUGUAGAGAUGGAUAAACAGCCUGGCGGGGAAAUGGAAGUGAAGAUCAAGAAGAAAAAGAAAGGGGCGCAGAGGAAAGAGAAGCUGGAGAGUAUGAAGAAAGAGAUUGUUGUGGAUGACCACGAGUUGUCUGUGGAAGAACUGGAGAUGAAGUAUCGGACCAGUGCUACCAAGGGCCUGACCAACACAGUGGUGGAAGAGGUUCUUCUUCGCGACGGCCCCAACGAGCUGAAACCCCCCAAGGGCACCCCUGAGUAUGUCAAGUUUGCCCGUCAGCUAGCUGGUGGGCUGCAGUGCCUCAUGUGGGUUGCCGCUGCUAUCUGCCUCAUUGCCUUCGGCAUCCAGUUUGGACAAGGGGAGCUCACCAGUGCCGACAACCUGUACUUGGCUGUCGCCCUCAUUGCGGUGGUGGUUGUGACGGGUUGCUUUGGUUACUACCAGGAAUUCAAAAGCACCAACAUCAUUGCAAGCUUUAAGAACCUCGUGCCACAGCAAGCCACUGUGAUUCGAGAGGGAGACAAGUUCCAGAUCAACGCCAAUCAGCUGGUGGUGGGGGACCUCGUGGAGAUCAAAGGAGGAGACCGAGUCCCAGCCGAUAUCAGGAUUAUCUCCGCGCAAGGGUGCAAGGUCGACAAUUCCUCUUUGACGGGGGAAUCAGAGCCCCAGACCAGAUCCCCGGAGUGCACCCACGAGAGCCCCCUGGAAACCAGGAACAUUGCCUUCUUCUCCACCAUGUGCCUGGAAGGCACAGCUACCGCCAUCAUAAUCAAUACUGGAGACCGCACCAUCAUCGGGCGCAUCGCCACCCUGGCCUCGGGGGUGGAGAACGAGAAAACGCCCAUCGCUAUUGAGAUUGAGCACUUCGUCGACAUCAUCGCCGGCCUGGCCAUCUUCUUCGGCGCCACCUUCUUUGUCGUUGCUAUGGUGAUCGGCUACCCCUUCCUCAAAGCCAUGGUCUUCUUCAUGGCCAUUGUGGUGGCUUACGUCCCUGAGGGUCUCCUGGCAACUGUCACCGUUUGUCUUUCCCUUACGGCCAAACGCCUGGCCCGGAAAAAUUGUGUGGUAAAGAACUUGGAAGCCGUAGAGACCCUUGGUUCGACAUCUGUCAUCUGCUCCGACAAAACAGGAACCCUCACCCAGAACCGUAUGACCGUCUCCCACCUUUGGUUUGACAACCAGAUCCACACAGCAGAUACCACGGAGGACCAGUCAGGUCAGAGUUUCGAUCAGUCAUCUGAGACAUGGAGAGCUCUGUGCAAGGUAGUCAGCCUCUGCAACCGUGCUUUUUUCAAGUCAGGCCAAGACAACAUACCUGUGCCAAAGCGGAUUGUGAUCGGAGACGCCUCGGAGACGGCCCUGGUGAAGUUCUCCGAGAUCACCCUCGGCAACGUGAUGGAGUACCGGGAGCGUUUCAAAAAAGUCUGCGAGAUCCCCUUCAACUCCACCAACAAGUUCCAGCUGUCCGUCCAUGAGCUAGAUGACCCUCGAGACCAGCGCCACCUGCUGGUGAUGAAGGGCGCUCCCGAACGCAUCCUGGAACGCUGCUCCACCAUCAUGAUCAAGGGCCAGGAGUUGCCCCUGGACGAGCAGUGGAAGGAAGCUUUCCAAACGGCUUACAUGGAUCUCGGAGGCCUGGGCGAGCGUGUCUUGGGCUUCUGUCACCUGUACCUCCCCCAGAGUGAGUUCCCACGGGGUUACAGCUUUGACAGUGACGAGAUGAACUUCCCCACCAGCGGGCUUUGCUUCGCCGGCCUCAUCUCCAUGAUAGAUCCACCAAGAGCCACCGUGCCUGACGCCGUGAUGAAGUGCCGCACCGCAGGUAUCCGGGUGAUCAUGGUGACAGGCGACCAUCCCAUCACUGCCAAGGCCAUUGCUGCCAGUGUGGGCAUCAUCUCGGAAGGCAGUGAAACCAUUGAAGACAUCGCCACCCGCUUGCGCAUCCCCGUGGAGCAGGUCAACAAGCGGGAUGCCCGAGCAUGUGUAGUGAACGGGGGCCAGCUGAAAGACAUGGAGACCGAAGAGUUGGUGGAGAUCCUCAAGACGCACCCGGAGAUGGUCUUUGCUCGCACUUCUCCGCAGCAGAAGCUCAUCAUUGUAGAAAGCUGCCAGAAACUGGGUUCAAUCGUGGCGGUAACAGGAGAUGGCGUCAACGACUCCCCUGCACUGAAGAAGGCCGACAUCGGUGUGGCCAUGGGCAUUGCCGGAUCCGACGCGGCCAAGAAUGCUGCCGACAUGAUCUUGCUGGAUGACAAUUUUGCUUCCAUUGUCACGGGCGUCGAACAAGGGCGCCUGAUCUUUGACAAUCUCAAGAAAUCCAUCGCCUACACCCUGACCAAGAACAUCCCCGAGCUGACCCCGUAUCUGAUUUACAUCACUGUCAGCAUCCCCCUUCCCCUCGGCUGCAUCACCAUCCUCUUCAUCGAACUGUGCACGGAUAUUUUCCCCUCUGUUUCCCUGGCCUACGAAAGGGCUGAGAGCGACAUCAUGCAUCUGAAACCACGCAACCCUCGACGGGACCGUCUGGUCAAUGAAGCACUGGCUGUCUAUUCCUACUUCCAAAUUGGGGCUAUCCAAUCAUUUGCAGGCUUCACCGACUACUUCACCGCCAUGGCCCAGGAGGGCUGGUACCCUCUGAAGUGUGUGAGGCUUCGGGCCGACUGGGAGAAUGACCAUCUCCAGGAUCUCCAGGAUAGCUAUGGGCAAGAGUGGACCUUUGGGCAGCGCCUGUACCAGGAGUACACGUGCUACACUGUCUUCUUUAUCAGCAUUGAAAUGUGCCAGAUUGCUGACGUACUCAUCCGCAAGACACGGCGUCUUUCUGUCUUCCAGCAGGGAUUAUUCCGAAACAAAGUACUGGUGAUCGCCAUCGUCUUCCAGAUCUGCGUCGGCUGCUUCCUCUGCUACUGCCCUGGGAUGCCCAACAUAUUCAAUUUCAUGCCCAUACGAUUCCAGUGGUGGCUAGUGCCGCUUCCCUAUGGCAUCCUCAUCUUUGUCUACGACGAGAUCCGAAAGCUGGGAGUCCGGAGGCACCCAGGAAGUUGGUGGGACAGAGAGCUCUACUACUGA